AUGGUAUUUAAGAGAGUCGUCAAAGACAGAGUCUCCCAGAUGAAAAAGCAAAAAGAGAAAAAUCUCGAAGAAAGGAGAAAGAGACUUGCAGCAAAACUGAGACAGGAAGAAGCCAUGUACCAAAAAGAAUUCAACGAUAACCUAGAAACUCCAGAACAAGUCAGACAACAAAUGGCUAAGAAAUUAUUUUUACUCAAAAAGCAGAGGCAAGAGGAAAAGAAGCAGAUCGUCGAGCAGGCUGAAGAGAGACAAAGAGAACAGCAGCUUAGAGACAAGAAGAGAAAACGUGACCAAGAAAUCUUCGAGGAAAUGCUCUUCGCUAAAAUGUCUGAAGUUGACAUGAAAAAGAAAAUUGAGAGGGAAAAGCGUGAAGCCAAGGAAAAACAAGAACGUGUCAAGGAAACCAUGGACAUAAUCUCUUGGCAAAACAAGACAAAAUCUGAGACUCAAAAUAUUGAGAAGAUGAAAGAAGAAGCUGAGAAGCAAAAAUUCAAUGAAAUCUGGAAACUUGAGAACAAAAAGGAGGAAGAAAUGGAGAGACAAAGAAAUCUCAUCAAUAAAGAACGUAAUCUCGAACUCAUCAGACAUAAUCAGAUGGAGAAGGAAAUCAAGAAUCUGGAAGAAGAGAAGGAGAAGGAAAGAGACAAGUUCCUCCUCCAACAGGCUCUUGACAGAGAAAGAGCCAUGGAAGAGCUCGAGAAACAAGAGAAGGAAGAGAGAAGGCAGGAAGCAAAAGAGCUUCAGAACCACUACAAGCAGCAAUCUGAUGAUGCUAAGAAGAAAGACAACGGAAAAUUCAGGAAGACAAAUGGAGAAAAGAAGAUGAAGCAAGAAUUCAGUUACUCAGAGAAGUAUACCAAAAAAAUGUUCAGAAAUGAAGAUAAGAAUAACAUUAUUAGAGAGAAAGAUGAGCUUGAUAGAGCCCUUGACGAGCAGAACAGAGAGCAUGAGACCAAGGUCCUUUCACAGAAGAUGAAUAAGAAUCAACAUCAGUCUGACAUAUUAAAGCAGAUUGGAGUAAAGGAAAGAGAAAGAAGAAAGGAAUACCGAGACACCAUGUUUGAGCAAAGAGCCAUGAAAUUAUCUGAGCUUGGUUACAACAAAAAGGUUGAUCAUGAAAAUGCCAAAAACCAGCAAAUGCUAGAGACCUUGAGGAGCCAAAGACCAUACUAA